AUGCGCAUCCCUGAACCAUGGGUGGACGCUGAGCAGAUCGGCAAGAUCCUAGACAGCUCGGGAAUUCAACACUGGGACAAACGCAUUGUGGCUUCGAAUGAUGCCUAUCAUAAAUGGGUCUUCGCGACUAUGUUCCGAGCCCUCCAACGUUACGAUCCAAACUGGCACUCCGAUGGUAAAUGCUCCGGACACGGCAUUGGCAAAGAACAUGCGGACAUCGUCGCGCCCUCAAUUGAUGUGAUGGGUUCGAUCCUGAAACGCAACGUUUACGCUCUGGCGUAG